CUAAUCAGAAGAAAUACUCUCCUUCCCCACCCCAAUUGGUUUUAACGCUGAGAAGAACUAGAUUCUCACAGAGGCUGAGAAUGAAGUCAACACAGUAAAAAAGGCAUCUGAGAAUUGGAGAGCAGUUAAGGACUGAAGGUGGCUCCUAGAACUCCAACUACCAAGAGCUUGUUCUGGACAGUAGAGGAAGAGGAAGAAGAGCAUUCUACUUUGCCUUAAAGAAGACUCUGUAAGUACUGCAGAGCACUUCCAGUUAAAUGUUUGUGUCAAGAACUUAGUCACAUGACUAUACCUGGCUGCCAAGGACACUAUAUCCUCUAGUUGAGUGGCAGUGUGCUACAUCAAAUGACUUCACAGUUUGUUUAGGAGGAGGAAGGAGAGCAAAUGUUUGAGUGGGUAACUAGCAGCCUUUGCCAUGGUGUAUGACUGCCAUUGAAUUCUACAUGUCUAAAAACUUCGGAUAACAAAAAAACUUUGGUGUACAGCUGGCUGUGCUCUUUGAAUUUAAAUAUGUGUAAUAACUCUAGGAUAGGUGUUAUAUUUAUCCCCAGUUUACAGGUUGGGAACAGUGAAAUCCAGCACAUUGAUGGGAGGAUACAGCAGAUGCCUCUGAAAUGCACUCACAUCACUUUGGCACACCUCUGGCUUUCGCUGUAGCUGUGGUGAACAGUUGUAUGUUAACUUAGAGCUCCCUUGCACUGCUCAGACACUCCGCAUGCCUUUUGACAUUCUGCCUCAGGCGCUUUUCAAGAGCUCACUUGACUAGGAAGCACAGCCUGGGAAUACACAGGGCAAGUUAGCAAUCCCAGAAAAACCCUUAAUAAUGCUAGACAAGAGCUUGAGGAUUAAGGUUCCAGUCUCUCAUCUUUCAAAUGGACAAUUAGAGGAGGAAUUUUUUACUCUUUUCUGGAGCUCCCAGUGCUGAUAGCAUCAACCUUUACAACACUUUAUAUUGUAAUUUCCUCCUAUUCUGUCUCACUCACAGGGUUCUUUCAGUCCUGCUUCCUGGGAUCAUCUCCUGAAUAAAUGGGCAUUCGAGUCCUUGUCUCAAGCCCUGCCUUCAUGGGAACCCAAACUAAAGAGAGGAAGACAGAACCUUCAGGCAAUGAGAAUGUGUCUUAUAUUCCAGUAGUGAAUAUGAGUAGUCUACUCAACUGGAAUCUUUUAGAUGUUAGAGGAUGGCCCCAAUAAGCAUUUCUGUGAUGGAAUCCCAUUCUGUUUUCAGUGGUGGCUGCACAUUUCUGAUUUCUGCUUCAAAGAAGCUUCCUCUCAGAGAAACUGUGCUGUGGGGCACAAUGUUUUUCUGUGUAUCAGUAAUGUGCAUAAUUUUAAAUAGACUAAGUUAUUUGUGUAACUAGUUCUGUGUAUUCAGGAGCUAAAACAUGGUAAAUAUCACAGUGAUCAGCCUGUGAGGAGGAGCUGGCAAGGCAUGUCCCUCAGAUUAUCAACUAAACUGAGCACUUGGGGUCAUGCAAAUGAAAGAGUCCUUAGAAGUGUGCCACAUACAAUAAAUGAUUUUAUUAAUUACUCAAAAUUUUUUUGGAGACAGGAUCUUGCUCUUCCACCUAGGCUGGAGUGCAGUGGCAUGAUCGUGGCUCACUGCAGCCUUGACCUCCCAGUCUCAAGUGAUUCUCAUACCUUAGCCUCCCUAGUAGCUGGGACUACAGGCAUGUGCCACCACACCCAGCUAAUUUUUAUAUUUUCUGUAGAGACAGAGUUUUACUAUGUUGCCCAGGCUUGCCUAGAACUGAGGUCAAGCAAUCAUCCCACGUUGGCCUCCCAAAGUGCUGGAAUUACAGGCAUGGGUCACUAUGCCUGGCAACAAAUAUUUAUUUAGUGACUUCUGUGUGCUAAGCAACAUGCUAGCUGAUAGCACAUGAUGAUAGAGCAGGUUACUGAUGAGCAACAUGGAGCCUUUCUCCAGUUCUGGCUGCUACCACCCUGUUCUGAGCCACGAACAUUUGUUUCCCAGACUACCACAAUUGCUCCUUAAGUAGUCUUCCCACUUCUGCUCUUGAAUCUUUCUAAUCUAUCUGCCAAUCAGCAGCCAGAGUGUGCUUUUAAAAAUAUAAAACAUAACAUGCUUCUCUUGAAAAAUUUCAAUAUGUUUCCAUUGACCUUGAAAUAAAAUCUAAGCUCUUUAACAUGGGCUGCAAAGCUCUAAUGACUGCACUUCCUCCCUCUUCUCUACCCAUGAUGUGUCAAGCUUUCUUUUUUUCCACAGAAGGGCCUACAAAUGUUAUUCCUCCUGCUUGGAAUGUUCUCUCUUUGAUUAUGUGCCCAGAUAUCUCACUCAUAUUUCUCAAGUCUCAGUCCAAGGUCACUUCCUCAAGCCUUUCCUUACCUCCCAGUUAAAAUGGAGGUAACGAAAUGUCCCUUGAUAUUAUCUCCUAAACACACCUUGCUUUUUUUUUUUGAGAUGGAGUUUCGCUCUGUUGCCCAGGCUGGAGUGCAAUGGCAUACUCUUGGCUCACUGCAACCUCCGCCUCCUGAGUUCAAGCGAUUCUCCUGCCUCAGUCUCCCAAGUAGCUGGGAUUAGAGGCACGUGCCACCAUACCCCAGCUAAUUUUAUUUUUAGUAGAGACGGGGUUUCUCCUUGUUGGUCAGGUGGGUCUCGAACUCUCGACCUCAGGUGAUCUGCCCCCCUGUGCUUUUGGCCUCCCAAAGUGCUGGAAUUACAGGUGUGAACCACCGCUCACAGAGGGGAGUAGCACAAGGUUGGAGGACGAUGGUUUCGAGGCAGCCCCAGAACCUUGGAGAGCUCCACAGACACGAGUUGGAACUAGCACCUUGGACAGCACCACAGCUUCGUUGUUUUCUACUGCCAUCCCUUGUACCUGGAUGAUAUCAACACACGUUGCAGUGGUCACUGUUAAUUUCCUGGGACUUCCGACUCCUGUGUACCUGGAAAUUGUAAUCCUCUAAAGUCAGCAGCCCUUUAGAAGGUUCUUUACAACAAGGUGGGGGUUGGGAUUCUCUUCUUUCUAGGAACUUCAGCAUCAAAGCUGAUAAUUGGACUGACUCCCUUGGGAGCUCUAUGGGAUUGGUAGCUAGUAUAGUUGUGUUAUUCUGGAGGCCAACAUCCUUCAAGUUAGGGGAAAAUGUGUACUAACUUGUUGUAUUACCUAAGGAAGAAUGGUCAGGGCUCUUCCUAGGCACAUAUAAGCAAACUAUCAGGCAAUGCAUGUGAGAAAUAAGGUAUAUUGUAUUCAUUUGGAGACAGGCUCCUUGAUUCUUUUUCAUACCCUCUUUUCACUUGCUAACCCCCACCUGUUAACCUCCUUUCAGAAAUAUACAAUGGAUUGGAUCUGCUUUCUCUGUGGUAAAAAGCUUCUGAACUUGAUUGUUGUUAGCAAGUUUCUGUGAGGUUAUGUACAAAAAACUUGGAAGGAGUUUGGCACUGUAGGUCUUUCUCCUAGUUAUAGUAUGUCAUAUUUACAAAUUUAUGCAUUAAUAACUCCCUUAUUGACAAAAGGUAUAAUCAGGUUCACAAAUAAGUUAGAGGAGGGGAAAAGUAACAUUAAUUGAGCAACUACUGAAUCCUGGUCCCUGUUGUAUGUACUUUAUGUUGUAUGCACUUUAUGUUGUAUGCAUGUGUAGUAUUUACAGCAACUAUGCAUUAUUCAUUUUUCAGAUGAAUUAAUGGAAUUUCAGAAAAGCUAGGUGGUUGCCCAAGGUCUCAUAGCUAGUAAGUGAAGAAAACAGGACUUCUCAAUCCUGCACAUUUAUUUUCAAUUUCUUUUUCUCUGUGUUUCCUUUUUGAAUAGUUUCUAUUGCUGUCUUCAAAUUCACUCAUCUUUUUUACUGUAAUGUCUCAUCUGCUGUUAAUCCCAUCCAAUGUAUUUUUAUUGCACCUUACAAAUUUUCAUCUUUAGAAGUUUGAUUUGGGUCAUUUUUAUAUCCUUCAUUUCUCCACUAACCUUUUAGAUGUAUCAGAUGUGAUUGUAAUAACUUUUAAAUGUCAUUUCCUACUAAUUCUGUUGUGACUAUUUCAGAAAUCUAUCAGGAUUAGUUUUUAAUGUAAUUUCAUGUAAUAUGAGUUACUGGCCAAAGUAGGUAGUAUUAAUUUAAACCCUAUACUUAAUGAUACAAACUAUGAUUAUAAAUUUUUAGGGGAUAUUUCUACUAACACUUCAAAGCUUAGGCAAGGACCAUAAGAUUCUUUGUUAUCUCUCUUUGUUCAUGAGAUUUUAAAAAGAUUUAUUCUCUCAUGGGUCCAGGAAUUUGGAUGAGUAUAUGUGUGUGAGAAAAGUAUCUGUUUCUAUUCCUUGCUUCAUGCCGGCCUCCUAUAUAUAUCUGCUUUCUCAGAUAUCAAGAUUUACAACUCUUCAUCAUUCCCACUCAUGUUGGCCAAAGCAUCAGCUGAGCUCCUCAGGCCAAACCAACACCUCUGGUUUUAGUUUCUUGUUUGGUUUUGGUACCUGGAUACACUUUCCUGUGCACUAAGUAUUUAAAAUGAUGUUGAAUAUUAUAUCUUAUUCUAAAUUUUGAGAUUCUCAUUGAUAUUAUUUGCUACAUAGCCCUCAACAGAAUUCUGAAUAGAAUAGAAUACUACUUAUUGUCUUAAACUCACUGUUGUAAGAUAUUAAUAUAACUAUGCCAUUUUCUCUUUAACUUAAUAUUUGUCUGAUAUAUCUAUUUUCCAUUCUUUAACUUUCUUUUUCUUUUAUGAUGGAGUCUCACUCUGUCACUCAGGCUGGAGUGCAAUGGUGUGAUCUUGGCUCACUGCUACCUCCGUCUCCCAGGUUCAAGCAAUUCUCCUGCCUCAGCCUUCUGAGUAGCUGGGACUACAGGCGUGCACCACCACACCCAGCUAAUUUUUUUGUGGUUUUAAUAGAGAUGAGAUUUCACCAUGUUGGUUAGGCUGCUGUUGAACUCAUCCUUGUGAUCUGCCCACCUUGGCCUCCCAAAGUGUUGGGAUUAUAGAUGUGAGCCACUGUGCCUGGCUGCAUCUAACAUUUUUUUCUACACAAGUUUUAGAAUCAUUUUCACAAGUUUUAAAACAAAUUCUGUAGGGGUUUUAUUUGGUAUAACAUUGGACUUCAAUUAAAUAAAGAACAAUACACUUCCCAUUGAGGAAUUACCUGUGCCUUUCCACUUACACAACUGGUUUUCAUUGGUUUAGUCCCCAAGUGUUUAAAAUUUUCUUAAUGUAUGUCUUAAGCAUUUAUUAGUAAACGUUCAUAUAUAUGUUUGGUUGCUUUGAGAAUAAGACCUCUCCCUACUCUAGUACAUUUAUUCACAUAGAUUAAAUGACUUUUUUCAUAUAACUCACAACAUCAAUAAGUAAAUUAAAAUUUUAUAACAUAAAAACAGCCUUGAACUCCUGUAAUAAACACCAACUACACUGUUGUUUUGCCACAAUGUGCAUGAGAAGAAGCAGCCCAAACCAUCUUUACUCUGUUAAAACUGGAAACAACAAAAAUAAUUUUUUAUCAUGAGAAGAUUGUCAGUUUUCCCUGGUGGUCAGAGGGGAAGGGUUUUAGGGAGGUCUUGGGACUGCAGGGACAAAGGGUGCAGGAGAAGAAGCCUUAGAGCUCAGCAGGAGGAAACUGACACUACAUGGCUGCAGGCCUGGCAAGGAAAUGACCUUCUAGAAUGCUGAAGUUGAAGAGCCAGCUUAAUUUUGUAACUGUUGUGUUGUGUGAUUGUUCUAUCUUUCCUCAUUUCUAGGGGUGUUAAUUAGGCUAUGGGCUUGGAAAUUAAUUUGGAGAACCAAAUAAGUGUGGUUUAAAUUUGAUGAAAGUUUAUUUCUCUCUCAUGUACCGUAAGAAAAUAAGCCAUCUGGGACUAAUAUAGCAGCUCUGUGCCUCUUCCUUUUAGCUGCUCUGUCAUUCCCAGCAGCCAUACCCUUAUUUGCAUUGCUCCAAGAUGUUCUCCCUUGUCAACAUUCCACCUGGUCAAUGAAGAUUUGGGGCUAGGGAGGGCAUGCCCCUUGUCUUUAAGGAUUCAGCAUCACAUUUUGUUAUAGCCUAUUUGCCAGAAUUGGUCACAUGGACACACUUUGCUUUAAAGAAUUCUGGGAAAUGUGUGCUUUUCCCCUGAGCUGUCACAUUCCUUGCUAGAGAUUCUGUAACUGUAUAAAAAUGAAAGAACAGGGGUUGACAGACAUGAACUGGUCUCCAUCUCUCCAUACCUACCAUAAAGCUUUUGUAAAUUGGUUUGUGCAUUAUUAUCUAUUUUUUUCUUAUAUGUCUGAAGUAGGAGUAGGAGUUUUGUGGUUAUUUAGGGAGCUUCAUUUUCUUAUCUGUAAAAUUAGGCAAUGGGUUUAUGAUGCAAACCUUUGGGGCCAGCAUUGAUGUGAUCUGAUUUCUUCCUAUUUCUUUCAACAAGCUUUCACUCCUGAUUUCUGAGCCUACAAAAAAGUGAAAACCAGAACUUACUGACAAGAGCAAUGUAAUCUCCAGCUAUCACUCUGCCCAAUCAUGGGGACCAUAUUCUUAAUGAGCUUAUUUUGGAAAACAGUGAAGACCAAGGUCACAGCAAGGCAGAGAAGGGUGCCUGGUCAUGGUCACUGUCAUGAUCUGAGGCAUAAGACAUAUCCUACCCUCAUUCACAAAGUAGGCUUCUGCCUAAGAGUUAGGGCUGGAAAAAACAAAUGUUUAUUGCUCUCCUUCUUUCUGCCAGGUUAUCCUCUAGCUGAGGAUGAUGAUGUUGGACAAGAUAGAUAUGGUGUCUGUUUCUUGGAGCCACCAGAGAAGACAGACAUAUAAAUAAGCUACCCUCAUUAAAUGAGUACACAGUGCUGGGGUGGCACAUAAAUGAGUGCCCUGCCUUAUUAUGAGUGAUCAGGGAAGGCUUGCUUCCCAUGGGAAAUGGGAUUUGUGCUCACACUUCCAGUAACAGUCAAGAUGGAGGAUAGGAAUGGGAAGGGAAGAGCAUUCUAGAUCUAGAAAGCAGCAUUUUUAGCAUGUAGGGCUGUACUUGAGUCAGGGAAUCAAUAGGAGUCAUAAGAGUCCACAGAGGCGAGUAGGGGCAAACACCACUCUCUAGUGCAGCAGCGUUGGAUAAAUCAGAGCUGGAAGGAAGAAAAGCCUGCAUUACCAGAGUUCCGGGGUGUGUGAGGGGGUGGAGUAGCUUUUAGUAUUGUCUCCCUUCCCCCAGGGCUCAUUUUGUAAUUUUAUUGGAGGUAUUUUGUUGUAUUUGCUGGCGGUGAUAGCAUUUCUACCAGCGUUGUGGAUGGGAGCCAGGAUCCUGCAAUGAAAAGGACAGUCUUGUCCAUUGAAAAAAUGUUCACAGUUUCAAAUGUCUUGCUGAACAUUCAGGGCUAACAGUCAGCAUGGGCCAGACCCGAACCGGAGGAUCGAUCGGGCUGCAGCCACAGGGGACCCGGAGAGAGCAACACCGAGAAGAAGAGACCUUGCUCCUAGAGAGGCCGGGCCUCCUGGUGACGCACUUCCGGCAGCGCCGGGGAGCCGCCUGCUGCGGGGUAGAUAUUCAGACUGACAGUGAUUUCACAAAGGAAAUGUAUGACAGGAAAGAGGAUGUAUCAUUUGAACUUCAAAGGGACUUUUCCCAGGAAACAGGCUUUUUAGAAACCUCUCUUCUGGAGAAACAACAGGAACUCUACUCUGCAGGAAAUAUAAAGAAGGAAAAAAGCAACACCAUUGAUGGAACAGUGACAGAUGAGACAAGCCCCAUGGCGGAGUGUUUUUUUAGUCAAAGUCCAACCUCAUAUUCGUGUCAUACCAUCACUGUAGAGCAGCCCUCUGGAUGUACAGGCCUGGGGAAAGCCAUCAGCUUUGAUACAAAACUUGUUAAGCAUGAAAUAAUUAAUUCUGAGGAAAGGGCUUUCAAAUGUGAAGAAUUAGUGGAGCCCUUUAGGUGUGACUCUCAGUUUAAUCAACAUCAAGAAAACUACACCGAGGAAAAGCCUUAUCAAUGUUUGGAGUGUGGCAAAGCUUUCAGCAUUAAUGAGAAAUUAAUUUGGCAUCAAAGACUUCACAGUGGGGAGAAACCCUUCAAAUGUGUGGAGUGUGGGAAAAGCUUCAGCUACAGUUCCCAUUAUAUCACACAUCAGACAAUCCACAGUGGGGAGAAGCCCUAUCAGUGUAAGGUGUGUGGGAAGGCCUUCAGUGUUAAUGGAAGCCUAAGUAGGCAUCAGAGAAUUCAUACGGGAGAGAAGCCCUAUCAGUGCAAGGAGUGUGGAAAUGGCUUCAGCUGUAGUUCUGCAUAUAUUACACAUCAGAGAGUCCACACUGGGGAGAAACCUUAUGAGUGUAAUGACUGUGGGAAAGCUUUCAAUGUUAAUGCAAAAUUAAUUCAACAUCAGAGAAUCCACACUGGAGAGAAACCUUAUGAAUGUAAUGAAUGUGGAAAAGGCUUCAGGUGCAGCUCCCAGCUUAGGCAGCAUCAAAGCAUCCACACAGGAGAGAAGCCCUAUCAGUGUAAGGAGUGUGGAAAAGGCUUCAGUAAUAAUACAAAACUCAUUCAGCAUCAGAGAAUCCACACAGGUGAGAAACCCUAUGAAUGCACUGAAUGUGGAAAAGCCUUUAGUGUCAAAGGGAAGUUAAUCCAACACCAGAGAAUUCACACAGGUGAGAAACCCUAUGAGUGUAAUGAAUGUGGGAAAGCCUUCAGGUGUAACUCCCAAUUUCGACAGCAUCUGAAAAUUCACACUGGGGAGAAGCCUUAUGAGUGUAAUGAGUGUGGAAAGGCCUUCAGCGUUAAUGGGAAACUAAUGCGGCAUCAGAGAAUUCACACUGGGGAGAAACCUUUUGAAUGUGAUGAGUGUGGGAGAUGCUUUACUUCUAAAAGAAACCUACUUGAUCAUCACCGAAUCCAUACUGGAGAAAAGCCCUUUCAAUGUAAGGAAUGUGGGAAAGCUUUUAGUAUCAAUGCCAAACUAACUAGGCAUCAGAGGAUACAUACUGGGGAGAAACCUUUCAAAUGUAUGGAAUGUGAGAAAGCGUUCAGCUGUAGUUCCAACUAUAUUGUGCACCAGAGAAUCCAUACUGGAGAGAAACCCUUUCAGUGUAAGGAGUGUGGAAAAGCCUUCCAUGUUAAUGCCCAUUUAAUUCGGCAUCAGAGAAGCCACACUGGGGAGAAACCCUUCAGAUGUGUGGAAUGUGGCAAAGGCUUCAGCUUUAGUUCUGACUACAUUAUACACCAGACGGUCCACACUUGGAAGAAACCAUAUAUGUGUAAUGUGUGUGGGAAAGCAUUCAGGUUUAGCUUCCAGCUCAGUCAGCAUCAGAGUGUCCAUAGUGAAGGAAAAUCCUAAUAAUGAGAAAGAUGUAGAAAACUCUCAAGGUUAAUGCCAAAGUGGGUCAAGUAUCAUCAGAUUCAUCCAUUGAAAAACCCCCAAGAGGGGAUGAAUAUGGCAGAGUCUUCAUAUGGAAACAGUUUUUAAUUCUAUUCAAUUUUUAAUCAGGAAAGGAUGACCAGUUAAAGAGAAACAUCCAAAAAUAAAUAGCUUUGUUUUGUACCAACAGGACUUAGAAAAUAUAAUGAAGGAAAAUAUUUCAUUCCCAGUAGCAUCAAGAAAAGUAGAUUUUCUAGAAAUAAACAGUUAUGGCGGACUUGUAUGGAGAAAUUUAAGUCUUCACCUGAGGGCAACUUUACAAAGGAAAUUUGAAUAAAUGGAGAGAGAGAGAGAGAAGCCUUGUUCUUGGAUAGAAAAACCCAUAAUAAAGAUAUUUACUCUACCUACCUUAAUUUAUUUGUUUAAUUUUUGACAACAAGCAUGCAUUACUUUUGAAAAGAUGAAAAGUAAUAAAGAUUUAUUUAAAAAAGGAAAAA